UUUCCGCAACCUUUUCUCUUCAGCAAGGUGGUGGUGGUGGAGGAGGAACAACAAUCUUGGGACAACAACAACAACACAACAUCUUUAUUAUUUUUCUUCAACAUCUUCAACUCCACUCAACCCAAAGGCUACCCGUGAAAAGAUGACUCAAAUCAUGUUUGAGACAUUCAACACGCCUGCCAUGUAUGUUGCCAUCCAAGCCGUUCUUUCUUUGUAUGCUUCUGGACGUACUACUGGAAUUGUUCUUGACUCUGGAGAUGUUCCAAUUUAUGAAGGUUAUGCUUUGCCACACGCAAUCUAG